CGUUCCGUUUCUCGCAUCGAGUGCAUAGACAACAGACAAUGCGCUGCGCGCAUAGAUAGCGUUCCGUUUCGUUAAUGCGCAGUAUGCGCGUUCAGAAACGGAACUAUUGAAUGCGUUUGAUGCAGAUUGAUGGUACGCUGUGAAAUAUAAAAACAUGGAUAACAAAAUCGGGAGUGUAAUAAUUUCAAUCAUUUUAAAUAAUGAUGAAGAGAUUGAAAACAUUUCUAACAGCAGUGAUGAGUCUGAUAGCGAUAAUGAAAAUGAAGAGUUGUGUUUAAAUGAAGAAUUAGAAAUAUUAUAUUUUAUUUUAAUGCUUGAUACUACGCGGGGAGAAAUGAUCAUUUCAGAAAAAUUAAGCGAUUAUGUCGAAAGAGUUAUUCCCGGCUAUUCAAAAACAGUAUUCAAAGAACAUUUUCGAAUGUUUCCUCAAACAUUUGAAAUGGUACUGAUAAUAAUUGGGCCUGGAUUACGUGCCAUUAAUAAUAAUCUUUGUAAUAGAAAGCCAAUAUCGGAGGAGAAGCAAUUGCUUAUCGCCAUUUGGUUUAUGGCAACGCCUGAUUCGUACAGAUCUAUUGCUACAAAAUUCGGUGUAGGGAGGGCUACGGCUUUUCGAGCAUUACGUAUACAAACUUUAGAACACAUCUUAGAAGAACUCCUAAAACUUAAACAUUUUAGAACACAUGUUUAG